UUGUUUCGUAUAUUGAUGCUUCUAGGGGAAGAAAUAGAGGGAAGGAAGAUGUUGAUGAAGGUAGUGAGUCUGCUGUGUUUGUUGGUACUUAGCAACGCGAUCGAGUCUCCGAAAUAUGAGGUGGUACACUCAGAAUCGGAUUUCGAUGUCAGACUUUACGCAGAAUCCACGUGGAUGUCCGCCUCCGUUCGUGAACUCUCCUUCGAGAAGGCCACCUUGUUUGGCUUUCACCGGUUGUUCCAGUUCAUUGAAGGUGCCAAUCUUAAUUACUCUCGGAUUCCAAUGACAUCUCCUGUUGUGACUAGCAUAGUUCCUGGGGCUGGCCCUCUUCACUCAUCUGCCUACGUUGUGAGAUUUUACUUGCCUGUGAGGUUCCAAGCUGAUCCACCAACUCCCCUGCCGGAGCUUCAUUUGAAGCCUUACGUAUGGGGUAGUCACUAUGUUGCAGUAAGGAAGUUCUCUGGAUAUGCAAAGGAUGAAAACAUUGUGCACGAGGCAGAGCAACUCGCCAGUAGCUUGAGGAGGUCUCCUUGGGCUAACUGUACUGCUUCUGACAGCGCUUAUGCUUACUCCAUUGCACAAUAUAGUUCCCCUUUCCAGUUUUUUGGUCGUGUUAAUGAAGUUUGGGUUGAUGUUGAUGCAUCCGGAAUAGAGAACUGUACAACUGGUAAAAUAGCUACAUACUGAAAGAUUGCAAAACAGUAGCAUAUAUGUAUCAGUCUCUGCUUAACAGUAAAACUACUUUCAUUUUGUAAAGAUUAUGGAGUCUGUAAAAUAGUCGGUACUUUGUAUAUUAAACAGGCAUUGAUAUCUAUCGGAAAUAAUAUUACUAAA